AUGGGAUACCUCUCUUGCAAUGCCCAAUCCGCAAUCGCCACCUGCGACCCUCACUUCAAGAAGCACAAACCCCUCGUUGUCAAACCAAUCCGCCACUUUCACUACGCGGAUCUCGCCGCCGCGGCUUCCGGUUUCUCCGCCGAGAGCUUCCUGGGCCGAGGCAGCCAUGGCAGAGUGUACAAAGCCACCCUUGACGGCGGCAAGCUCCUCGCCGCCGUCAAAACCACGAAACUUGUUUCCUCUUCGAAGAACCACUCCAUCAAAUGCACCGGCUGCGGCAACUGCACUAGCCCCGCGGAAAACGAGAUCGAGAUCCUCUCUCAAGUUCCGAGCCAACGCGUCGUGAACCUCAUCGGCUUCAGCACCGACCCAAACGGCAACAAAUUGAUCGUCGUUGAAUACAUGCCCAACGGUUCGCUCCACGAUCUGUUACACACCGUUAAGAAACCGCCCGGUUGGAACCGGAGGGUCCGGUUCGCGGUUCAGGUUGCGAAAGCGGUUCUCGAAUUGCACUCUUCCAACCCUCCCGUUAUUCAUCGCGACGUUAAGUCUUCCAAUGUUUUAAUUGACGAGAAAUGGAAUGCGAGGCUCGGUGACUUUGGCCUUGCGUUAAGGGGACACGUGGAGGACGUUCGUGUGAAGUGCACGCCGCCCGCGGGGACGUUAGGGUACCUCGACCCGUGCUAUCUUGCACCGGAGGAUCUCAGCUCCAAGAGCGAUGUCUUCAGCUUUGGGAUCUUGCUGCUGGAGAUCAUCAGCGGCCGGAACGCCAUCGACGUCAAUUACAGUCCUCCUUCGGUGGUGGACUGGGCGGUGCCACUGAUCAAGCUCGGUGACUUCGCCGGAAUCUGCGACCGCCGAAUCGGACCCCCGCCGGACCCCGCCGUGGUGCGGCAGCUCGCUGUGCUGGCUGCCAGAUGCGUGAGGUCGACGGCGGAGAAGCGGCCAUCCAUGACGGAGGUGGUGGAGUGUUUGAAUCUGACGAGGAAGAGGAUUCGUGCGUCCCCGGUGUGGAUAUCUCUGCGGCGGCGCGUGGCGCGUGUGGAGAGCGCCGUGCCUGUUGUGGCGUGGGAGGAGUGUGAUGAUAAUAAUAGUAUUAAUGAUUGUGAUAGGAGUGAGAAAUUUGUGAGGAUGGUGAAAGGUGGGAGUGUGAGUGGGAGCAGGAAGAAGGGGAAAGUAUCUAGUGUGUGGGGUGUAGGGUAUGGGAGUGAGGCCUCCAAUAAUAAUAAAGUGACAAGGUCAAAGUCCAUUGGUUCUGGUUCUGGUUCUGGUUCUGUGAGAGGGAGUUGGGUUAAAAUGCAGCAGCCACACCAAAGCGAACAUGGGUUUGGGAGAAGGAAGGUGAGGCUAAAAAAGUCAAAGUCUAUGGGGGUUUUGCAAGGAUCUGUACUUUCACAUGGGGAUUACUAUAACAAUAUGCGUUAUAAUAUUGAUGAUGUAUUAGUAAUUGGUUCUGCAAUGGGCAAGUUGGUUGUUUCAGAUAAGUUAGAAAAGAAAAUGGUAGAAAAACCGUUAGUGAAUUUGUAUGAUGAGGGUCGGAGCGUGAAGGAAUGA